AUGAAGAAUUAUCUCAAUUUAAUAUUUAUUUUAAUAUUUUGUUUUAUGAAUUACUUUUCAAACACAUUGAUCGACGCGUUGUGUCCAAUGAGAUGCAAUUGUAAUGACGAACGAUUGAUUGCAUUUUGUAAUAAUUCGCUUCUGGAUGUCGUUCCCAUUACACUGAAUCCAGAAUUGAAAGAAUUAUAUUUAAGUAAUAAUCAGAUAAAAAAUAUAUUUUCCUCUUUUACUGUAUAUCGAGAUCUAGAGGUAUUAGAUAUGACUCAUAACUCAAUGACAAGUUUAGGCAAAAAGAAUUUUAAUUUACAAAAUCAUCUAAAAGUGAUGUCUGUGUCCAACAAUAUGAUUACACAAAUUAAUAAUUUGACAUUUUAUGGACUUUCAUCACUACAUGUGCUCAACUUGAAUGACAAUUUGCUUCAAGAUUUGCCAUUCAGAGUGUUUGCGACUUUAAUUAGUUUAGAAAAACUAGAUUUGAGUUCAAAUGCAAUAAAUAGUGUUUCUCCCGAAGCGUUUUCUGGACUAAAUAAUUUAAAAAGUCUUAUAUUAAGGAACAACCGUCUGGUUCGGGUGCCAUCAGUUGCGUUCUCGCAUUUGCCAAAUCUGGUCAAACUGGACAUCGGUUUCAACUCAUUCAUAGAAAUGCCUGAUUAUGCCUUUUCCUCAUUGAUGAGCUUACAGGAACUCCUACUUGAUUCGUGUUCAGUGACAUCAAUACCAGAGACAGCAUUCCUUCAUUUAUCUCAUUUGCGGCAAUUAAACCUUCGGGACAACCAUUUGACACAAAUACCAACCGAAGCGUUGGAGAAUCUGAAGAAUUUGAAUGAAUUAAUCAUAAGCGGUAAUAGAGUGCAAAUUAUAACAGCGUUUGCUUUCCGCGGUCUUACAAACCUUAAGGUUCUGGAGAUGUCAUAUCUGAGCCAAUUGUCUUACAUCGAUAGGGAUGCGCUCAUCGAGAAUGUGAGGCUUAAGAAAAUAGUUUUGGAAUUUAAUGAAAAGUUAAAGAAUGUAUUUAUCGGCACUUUUGACGCCAAUUCAGCAAAUCUGAAGUAUCUUUCAUUGAGAGGCAAUUCAAUGGAGACAUUGCAUUCAAGACUCGUUCAAUGGCAACGACUCGACUUUCUUGAUAUUAGAGAAAAUCCAUUUAAUUGUAACUGUUCUCUGGUAUGGUUCUGGAAAUUCCUUAAAGAAUCUAAUUUGACGACAAAAGAGUAUUUGGAAAGUGUUGUCUGUGCCAAACCCCCUAAUCUUAUGUCUCAUCCAUUGAUGUCAAUACCCGUAUCAGACUUAGGUUGCUAUGAAAGCAAGAAUUCUCAAUAUUUGACGACAACCCUAAUUGUGUUCACCGUUUGCACCAUUUGUUGCAUUUUUGUUGGUCUUUGGUGUCGCACAAGACUAACCUAUUUGAUGCAUAAGAAACAAUAUGAACAGUCAUUAUAUCCAGCACUGACUGAUGACAUCACCUAUGAAAAGGGCAGAAUUAUUGAUAACCAAGUGAUGUGUUCUCCAACCACUGCUAUUAUGAUUAAGCCUCCCAUUAGGAUCGCACCUAUAACUGAGCUAUAAUUCAUUAUAACAUACUAUCCCAUUAAAAAUAGUGCAAAA